AUGUCGUCAUUUAUCUGUCCACUUUGCACAACGAAUAGAGAUUUUGUAAAUUUCUUCAAACUAUUUCGUCACAUAACACUCUACCAUCAAAGUGAUCCAAAUUUUGAAAUCAAAUGUGAUUUGCACAACACCUGUGGUGUGUUUUACAAAAAAUACUCCGCCUACAAAUCGCAUGUAUAUCGAAAACACUCGACGGAACUCCAUUCAUCAGCAAACGGAAACACUUCUAUCGAUGCGAUCUCUAUCGAUAAUUCACAACUAAAUAAUUUCGAUACUACAACUGCAACUGAAUUUGCGAACGACGACGAGAGCACCGAAUCCACUGAUGCAUGUGACGAAACAGAUUCAAUUUUAUCAAAUGAUAAUGAUGCAAUAUCUUAUUUCUCAAGCGAUCGCAACGAAGAAAUUGUUGGUUCAAUCAAAGAUAUUAAAAACUCAUUUGUCAUGUUUAUUUUACAACUGCGGGAAGAAUUCUUGUUACCCAAAAAUGUAACAAACAUUAUUUCAACAUAUAUUACCUCAUUAAUUAAUCACAUUGAAAUAUUAUUACAGGAAAAAACGUUCGAUUUUUCCGGAAACAGUCCUUUGUCUGCAUCGUUAAUUCCUCGGAGUGAUUUCGGAAAAUGUAUUGAUUUCAAUCAAUUAAAAUUGGUUUUCGAUGAUGUUUGCAAUGGAAUUGAAUUGAUAACGAAAAAUGAGUACCAAUUCACCAAAUAUUGCGAAGAAUAUUUCAAUUUUACUUCUCCAUUGGAAAUUCCUGUAUCAUCUGUUCCUGGUGACACUGAUUGUGGUUACUUUAUCCCGAUUGACAACAGUUUGUCUUCGAUGCUUGAAUCUCAGCAAUUUUCUGAUGAAAUUCUCGAAAAUAUUCAUCAAAAACAAACAAUAACCGAAUUGGAUAAAGAUUUAAUGUUUUCAAUCCGAGAUAGUUAUCAUGGUUUGGGAUUGGAUGACAAUCAUUUAUUAAUUCAACUGUACAUCGACGAUAUCGGGUUGACAAAUCCGUUAGGAUCGAAACGUGAUCGACAUAAGAUGAGCAUGGUCUAUUUUACACUGGAAGACAUACCGGAAAAAUACAGAUCGAAGCUUGAUUUCAUUCAACUUGUUGCAAUCUGCGAGAGUAGAAUCUUGAAGCAAAUAUGUUUUGUAACAUGUUUGGAGUAUAUCAGAACGUUUGGUUUAUUUGAGGAUCCCGUGAAAGCAACGAAUUUUUUCCGACCAAUAAUCGACAAUUUAAACGAACUGCAACUGAAUGGUCUUAUGAUCAACAACACUCUGUAUAAAUUUACGUUUUCAACUGUCGUGGGGGAUAACCUCGCAGCUAAUUGGUUAGGUGGUUUUCAGACUUGCUUCAGUAAUGGACAUUUUUGUCGAAGGUGUUAUAUCGAUUAUAAGGAUCAAAGUUUAUUGAUCCCAUUAUCGCAAAUUAAACUGCGAACAAUGUUUGAUCACGAUUUAAUAGUUCAACAGAUUUUAAAUGAUCCCAAUCGGUCGCCUGUAAAAGGUGUAGUCGGCCAAAGCCCUCUACACAGUCUUAUCGGCUUUCAUCCAACAACGUCGCUGCCUGCUGACUGCAUGCACGAUUUGCUAGAAGGAAUUUGUCCAAUAGUGAUGAUGUCACUUUUGAAAGAAGCUUCAUCAAAGCGUCUCAUAACGCAUGGUCGUAUUCAAGAACGUACGACUAACUUCCAAUACGGAUACUUUGAUUGUGCUAAUCGGCCACCACCUAUUCAAACGAAACAUUUACAAAAUGAACGUAUUGUGGCUACAGCAGCACAGAAACUUUGUCUUUUUAAGACAUUUCCAUUCAUUUUUUGGGAUAUAGUUGAUCGAUUAGAGUCAUUUAUCGUUUACAAGAUACUACGUGAAAUAUUGGAUUUGGUUUUGUCGUAUCCGUUUCGAACAAGCUGGUUGUCAGUUCUUGACGACUUAUGUGAUGCAUUUCAUCAUUUGAUGCUUAUACAUUUUCCUAACAAAAUUGUUCCGAAGAUUCAUUUCGUUCGUGAGUAUGGUCGAGUUGUGCGCGAUUAUGGUCCCGCUACACGCCACUGGUGCUUCCGGUAUGAGGCAAGUCACGCCUAUUAUAAAAAACUGUCGAUUAGAACCAAUAAUUUUAAGAAUACGCCUAAAAUGCUUGCCACACAUUUUCGUUUCAAGCAAUGCUACAAAUUUAGUCGUUUCUCGCCAUUAAGAAACACUUGUUAUCCCGUGGGAGUAAAAACAGUUCGAAAUUCAUCGCUCAACAAGGAAAUGAGAGAUCUUGUAUUUAAUCAUUUUGGUUGUUUUGAUUUUGAAGAGAAUUUAUUCCAGUGUCGCAAACUAAUCAAUGAAAAUAUAGAGUAUCGUCAAUCGGCUGUUUAUGUGAUGGGAUUAAGAGACACUGAUGAACAACCGAGUUUCGCUCAACUUGUUUUUAUUCUAAGAACAAGUGAAAAAUGGUGGUUAUUAGUUGACUCACUCGAAACCAAAUCUUUCGAUGAAGAUUUAUUCGCUUGGGAGAUCAAGUCGGUUGAUCGUUAUUCUCUCAUGGAUCCGUGUCAAUUGAAAUAUUGGCACAAAGGAUUGGAUAUUUACCAUGUCAAAGGAUCUAGUUUUGUCUCGUUCACCGCUCGAUUAACUCUCUAUUGA